UAUCAUCAUCUUCCAUUCGAAUCUCAAUCCAAGAACUCAUCUAAAUUCGAUCUAAUCAGUGGGUGUCAAAGAUCAAUCAGCAUUUCAGUGACGGGACAGAUUUCCCAGCUCAAGAAAUCAGAAGCUUCAGUGAUUUUCACACUCAAUUAGCUCUCACCAAUGGCGGAACAAGACGCCCUCUAUUCUUCCAAGAACUCAAAGAACCCAUCGGAAAGAAAGGGGACGAAGCAGAUGAUGGACAGCGGCGAGUGCCUGGGGAGAGUUUUCGCGUACUUCGACGAGAACGGGGACGGGAGAGUGUCGCCGGCGGAGCUGCAGAGGGGGGUGAGGGCGGCCGGAGGGGAGCUGACGGCAGAGGAGGCGGAGAUGGCGGUGCGGCUGUCGGAUUCCGACGGGGACGGGCUGCUGGGGCCGGAGGACUUCGCCAGGAUGAUGGAGGAGGAGGGGGCGGCGGCGGUGGCGGCAAGGGAGGAGGAACUGCUCGGAGCUUUCAAGAUGUAUGUGGGGGAGGGAGGGUCGGAGAUCACGCCGAGAAGCUUGAAGAAUAUGAUGAGGCGGCUCGGGGAGGCGGCAGACACCGAGAAGUGCAGAGCUAUGAUCACCAUGUUUGAUGUUAAUGGAGAUGGAGUCUUGGACUUUGAAGAGUUCAAGACCAUGAUGAUGAUGCAGGGACAGGCUUAAAUACAUGUGUAUAUACAUAUAUUAUAUAUAUACUCCAUAUAGAUUACAUGUAGCAAAU